CUUCAAUGCGGUGUCGAUGAGGGAGACGACGAACAUUUUCAAGAUACUGAGCAGCUACAACCGCUCUCAACAAGAGAUCUCGCAAUUCUUCGCCGGCCUCCCCGCUCUUCGGUUCUUUACACUGAGACAAGACGUGGCAAGCCUCACCGACAUGUUGAAUAUUCUAAAACGACAUUACUACUCUGUGGACACUAUUAUGGAGGAGGUGCAUCAACCCUGCGAGCGUCUGCUGCUGUACUGCUCGUUCAAUCGCAAACGCAAACGCUGCGUCGACGUGUUUUCGCUCAUCAAGACGUACGAGGGACACUGCUGCACCUUCAACUACGCCGCGCUCAACGAUGAUAGAGACUUUCUACUCACUGACAACAGUGACAUCGAGUUCUACGUGGACCCGAGCGCGGAGUACGAGCAGACCAACAUCAUCUCCACCUCGCAGUCCGGACGGGGUUCGGGUCUGAGUGUCGUGUUCGACGUAGAACCAGAAGACUACCCGCCCUGGUCUCCUCUAUUUUCUUACGGAGCAAAGAUCCUUCUAUCGGACCCCAACGACUACCCCGAGACCACCGUCUUGUACAAGUACGCGCUGCCCGGCAAGUCCCUCGACAUCAAGGUGGAGCCGCGGAUCUUCCAGUGCGACGACGAGAUCCGACGAGUGCCGGCCGCCAAGCGCGGCUGCUGGUUCCAUGAUGAGGUGCUGCUGGAGCAUACUAACAGGUAUAGUUUCGAGACGUGCAACACGGAGUGUAAGAUGCAGCAGUACGAGGAUACUUGCGGCUGCAUACCCUAUAAGUACCCCAGCGAAAAGCUAUAUCCAGUAUGCGAGUUCAAAGAUUUGGAGUGCUUGAGUGAUUUUAGAGCUUAUGGUGUGGGCAACGCCAGCGUAUGCUCGCCGCCAUGCUUCAUGGAGUGUCGUGACAAGAAGUACUCCGUCACCAGCGACGUCAUGCCGCUCGUCACCGACCUCUACCCUGGAAAUGUCACGUGA